AGAGACGAAUUAAAAGAAUAAAACCCAAGUGGAACCUCUAACUGACAGGACAAGCUUCCGAUAAUAUCCUUACUGCGACAUUAUUAGACAAAGGUUCUCUUUCAUAACGCGAGAUCCAAUCAAUUUCUGUCAAAAUCAUCUCAUUUGAAAGAAGGGAAAGGAAUAGAUCAUGGCGAUUAUGCAAAGAUGUUGCUGUUUCUCUAACGUCAGGGCUGGUUCUACUGCUUGCGGGGUCUACUCGUUGAUAAGUGCCUGCAUCUAUUUGGCAGUAUGGGCCUACAAUUUAGCUCAAGCUGUUACAGCAUUCCAAGGAGUAUCAGAUCCAGCAGUUGAUGGAAUCUACGCGGCAUACAGUAUUGACAUCAUCGUAGCCGUUUUCCUGAUCAUCGCGUCCAUUGUCCUCCUUGUAGGCGUGUCUAAAGAUAAUAAAGAGAUGCUAAUCCCGUACAUGGUAGCUAUUAUGCUGCUCAUGGUUCUUCAAGCCAUCGCCUGGAUUAUAAUAUUCGCAUUGCUCGGCCUUGGUGGUACUCUCCUGAUCGGUAAUCUUGUAGUCUGGUUGCUAUUUACUGCCCUCAACAUAACUUGUCUCCUCUGCGUUAUUUCGCAAUAUCAGGAGCUUCGAGACGGCCGUGGAAAAGCAAGUGAUGUGGUGUAAACAGAAAUUCACGAUUUGAAAUAUCAACUUUUCCCUUAUCUUCCAAGAGGCUAAUAUAUAAUAAGUGCCUCGCUGGGUAUUAUGGGAAGGAACUCACGGAAUUUAUUAUUUUUUUCUCAACCUUAAUAAUCGAAUUAUCUUCUCUACAAUGUUAUAAGAUUGUAGCAAGCCUGUUUUUAGCAAAAGUGUAGCUUUAGCAAUGAUCUUUGAAGAUGUAUUUGAAAGUAGAAAGGCUUCAUGUAUUAAUAAUGCAUCAUUUUAUUUAUUAGCUGAAAUAAAAUCUGUAUAGGAACAAACACAUAUUUUUGUAUAUUACGCUGUCAGUCUUUAACUGAGUAAAAAAUAACAGUGAAAGAUGGCGUCGUUUAGGCAUAGGUUCUGUGAUUUUUUUUACAUAAAUAACGUACAAUUCUAAGAAUAAAAAGUAUUGCAAUGUAUUUCAAAUUGCGCCAUCUAUCAUGUCUAUCGAAAAGUAGGUUUGCUAUUAUACUGUUAUUCUGUAACUUGCAUAUUAUACAUGGAUUGAUCUAAGACUAUUUGGUAUUUUCCUAUUGAUUUAUCUUUUUGUUGAUAUCCUAGUGUUUUAGUGGUCAAUAAAAUGAAUUGAAAUGAAAAGAAAAAGGAUUUUUUUUUCAAAAGCAUGGUUUGUCUCUUUAUACAUUCACAGUAACAUACUAUGCAAUCUGAGGUUUAUUUUUUAUUGGUAACCAAUUAAAGUACGCCUUUUCCCCUAGCUCUGAAAAAGUAAACAUGCUCACUCUAAAUUCACUCCAAAGUGAUCGCUUGCAAGGGGAGUGAAAAAACGAAUGGAAAUUCACUCCUUUCCUUUUACCAAAUACAGUCUUGCAGUAAUAAGCUUUUCAAGGGGACGUUCACCCUGACGAAAAGUUUGUUGUAAAAUGCCAGAAAAAAAAUAUUAGUGAGGGUUUGAGGAAAAUCCAGUAAAGAUUAAGAAAGUUAUUUGAAUUUCAAUAUUUUGAUUGGUGACGUUAUAUACGAGCAGCAGCCCUUUUGUAAUGUAAAAUGCAUAAACUCCAAGUUUUUAAUGGUUCGUGAUGACUAAAACUUUUCUUCUUUCAUGAGCGGGUGUGAAUUUUUUUUGUCUGUUGAUAUCAAAGCGCUUUGAUCAUAUUUUUGGUAAAGCGCUAUAUAAGUACCUGUUAUGUAUGUAUGUAUGUAUGUAUGUAUGUAUAUACUGAAGAUACAAUAAAACCCAUUUUCAAUUUCUUUAUGAGAUUCAUUGAUAUCUUUAAUUCACGAUAGAUACAUGGCAAGCUGCUUGCAUAUGACGUCAUAAAUAAAAAUCUAACAUUCUAAUGCCUUUUCAAAUAUUCGAUGGAUUUUCCACAAACAUUCAACAAUGCUUUUUAUUGUUUUUUUUUCUACUAUCUUUACAAUAAACAUUUUUUCAGGGUGAACUUCUCAUUUAAUGGUAUAAUGCAAAAUCCAAUCAAGAUAAAGGCCGGUUGUGGUAACGACAUCAAAAUGAGUUCGAACAGAAUCCAAUAACAUCGCCAUCCAAGUGUUUGGAUGUAUAAUAUUAUAUUCAAAAUAUGUACUAAAAUUUCUUUGAAAAAAAUGUGCAAUUGCUGAGAAAUUACCAAUAUAUUAAAGCACGGAAUUCCAUAAAAUGUCGGGUAUUUUCCAAGUAAUAUUAAUGCACUGUCCCACAUAUUCCUUUUGCGUCAGUGAUCAUCAAAAUUAUCGGUUUUCAGCUAAUAUUUCAUGAUUUCAUAAAGAUGAGUUCAUUGCAAUGUACCAGAUCUAGAUUUAUGAUAAUAUUGUGACAAUUAACCUUGAUUUUAAAGGCUUUCUAAUGAAAUAAUUGUUUGCUGCAACUAUUACGGGGAGCAAACUGACCAACACUUUUGUGUAGUCUGUCAGUGACUGUGUGUUAUGAACAACUAAUCUUAAAAAAUAUACAUUUCGAGAUAACCAUCAAUAAUAUGGAGAGAAAGAAUUAGCCUAUGAUUUCAUUCAUACAGAGAAAGUAACAUGUUUUGAUAGGAAGGUACUUAUUUUGCUGCUUGGUAAUAUAACUAGUGUGGUAUGAAAUGUACCGAUUAUAGUGAAUGAGUAUGAUAUCGUACAAGUAGGUCUAUAUUACAAGACUACACAGAUCAGAAUGUUGCAAUGUGAGGCCUUUUUGAGUAGUUGAGGGCUUCACGUGGAGCUACUAUAAGACUGCUAGUUCGUUUAUACUUUAAUUAUGAAUAAAACGUGUUUUUUUAUAUAUAUAAUGAGCAAUUUAGUCGAAGGAUGAAUAAAUCAGAAAUAGUUGCACUAUAAUAAAAAAAAUCUGAUUUUGUUAAUGCUGUUGAAUGAAGUCUGUAAUUCUACUGUAGAUUUUGCAUACGACCAGGGGCGCGGCGGAAAGGUAUUUCAUCAAUAGUAUGAUAUAGUUACACGACUCGUAAAUCUCUUUUGAAACUUUUUUUCUACUCUCCCCCCAUCUUUUGUUCUAUUCUUUUUGUCACUAGGCCGAGUUCAACAUUCGUACAGGGCAGCUGUCGCCUCCUUAUUAUAUCACGGCCCCUGGCAUAAAUGCUCCCAAUGCCCCGAUUGGAAAAAAAAAUACACAAUUAUUGCAUGAUUCGUUUCCUUUUCCAAUAUAUUAUGUAGUGGAAGGCGGGGUAAGUUGAGCAUAGGGGCAAGUUGAGCCACCACCCCCAGGCCAAUAAUGAAUGAGUCAGACAUUGUGGUGGUGUCAUGUAUUGAUGACACAUUACAUAACCCUUUACCCCACCACAUUGUUUUCAAAUUCGAAACAAAAAAUAAUUUUUAGAGGGAAUAAUACAAAUUUCAGCCAAAAAAGUAAAAAAGGGUGUGAAAUAGAUAAGUGCUUUUUACACGCACAGUCUUUAAAUAUAAAAUAGAAAUAAGAACAA